GGGGUGGAAACGGCAACAUCGCUACUUCUUUAAGACGCGCACAAAAUUCAAUGGCGGAUGGCGUGCGAUCGUUUGUUUUCAUUUUGUGAAUAGGUAGUACAUUAAACUAGUUAAGUACGUAAGAAAACUUUUGUGCCUAAUAGAUUUCUGAAUUAGUUUAAUAGUCACAUUUAUGAACAGUACAAUGAUGCCCAUGGGAGGGCCGCAGUCUGUGCACAAUUCAGGUAGUUUGCCGCAAAACACACCACCCAGUUCGAAUGCUUUAACGCCGACUGGCUCUAAUAAAUCUAGUAGCAAUGUGAAACCCAACUACACAUUAAAAUUCACACUGGCAGGACAUACAAAAGCUGUUUCUUCAGUUAAGUUUAGUCCGAAUGGAGAAUGGUUGGCCAGUUCAGCUGCUGACAAACUGAUUAAAAUCUGGGGUGCCUAUGAUGGAAAAUUUGAAAAAACAAUCUCAGGUCACAAACUAGGUAUUAGUGAUGUGGCAUGGUCCAGUGACAGUCGACUUCUGGUAUCUGCAAGUGAUGAUAAAACUUUAAAAAUAUGGGAAUUGUCAUCUGGAAAGUGUCUGAAAACUCUGAAGGGUCACAGUAAUUAUGUAUUUUGCUGUAACUUUAAUCCCCAAUCAAAUUUGAUAGUAUCAGGUUCAUUUGAUGAAUCUGUGAGAAUUUGGGAUGUUAGGACUGGAAAAUGUUUGAAAACACUACCUGCUCACUCAGAUCCUGUGAGUGCUGUACACUUUAACAGAGAUGGUUCUCUUAUUGUUAGCAGUAGUUAUGAUGGCUUGUGUCGCAUUUGGGAUACUGCUUCUGGCCAAUGUCUAAAGACCUUGAUUGAUGAUGAUAACCCACCAGUUUCAUUUGUAAAAUUUUCUCCAAAUGGAAAAUAUAUUCUUGCUGCUACUUUAGAUAACACCUUAAAACUUUGGGAUUAUGCAAAAGGCAAAUGCUUGAAGACCUACUCUGGUCAUAAAAAUGAAAAAUUCUGUAUUUUUGCCAAUUUUUCUGUCACUGGUGGCAAAUGGAUAGUCAGUGGAUCUGAAGAUAAUAUGGUAUACAUUUGGAAUUUACAAACAAAAGAAAUAGUGCAAAAGUUACAGGGUCAUACUGAUGUUGUCCUUUGCACCACAUGUCAUCCAACAGAAAAUAUCAUUGCGUCAGCUGCUUUAGAAAAUGAUAAAACUAUAAAACUUUGGAAAAGUGACACUUAGGGAUUUAGACGUUUUUUUUAUUUUGUAUAUUUACAAAUUUUUGUGAAUUGGUUCGAUUUUAUAGAAAUAAUUUUAUAAGUGAUAUUACAUUAACAACUUUUGUUUUCUACCAUGCGCAAGUGCCGCCCUUUAUGUUUGAUUUCAAACUGCUGUGACAAAUGUUACUAGACUAAUCUUCAAGGUUUUACCCACAGCAAAUUAAAAUCUACAAUUUAUUUAUUGUUUUUCAUUUUUAUUUUGUACAUAAUUUUCCAAAUAUAUUUUUAUAUAGUCACAGAACUGUUGAAAAUAAACGAAUUCAAAAUUGGAUUAAA